GAUGGACUGAACUGAUGCCAACUGAUCUUUUAACCACUUCUUAGACCAAGAAUUCAUUUAACAAAUUUAGACCAAGGAUUCUAAGGUUUUCAUAAGUUUAACUUUCAUAGCGGAGAUGCUACGCUACAGACACAAAAAAAUAAUAAAUAAAGUUUCAUUGAAGUAAUCACUUUCAAAUGGAACCUACACCAGAAGCAUUACAGAGAAAAUUAUAUUUUCUUCUUGAACAGUUACAGGAAAUGGCCAGAGAAUUACCACCUAAAUACCAAAUGCGAGUACCAAUAGAACUUUUAUCUGGGUUAGCAAAUUGUCUCCUCAAUGACACAGUUUUUGAAAUAGUUAAAGGUUUAAUGGAGAUUCAACAUGUGACAGAAAAACAUUUAUUUCAACAAAGAUUACAAGUAAUUAAUAAACAUACACUGGAAAUUCAAAACAUGGUUAAUAAUACACCAAACUUGGAGCAGCAGGAGAUCCAAAAGGCUAUAUUAUGGACCAAGCAUAAGGAAGAGUUAAAACAAACAGAUAUGAAAUUAGUUAUGCAACUAGAUCAAAAAGUGAGCGACCAGCAAGUUACUUUAGAGAAAGCUGAAGUGCCAGGUUUUUAUGUUACAAAUAAACCAAUAGAAGUGAAAGUGCAAAUGUAUCUUUUAGAUUUUAUAUUAAGAUUAAGUCAAAUGGAAAUACCACAUAGAUAAAUAAAUAAAAAA